UACCCGAAAUUGAGGAGAAAAGGCCCGUGCCCUAUAAAUCACGCGAGUGCCCCCUCUCUCUUUUUCUUCCUCUCUCUCAUAAAACCGCUAGUUCUUGCAGAUUCGUUCUUUGCUCUGAUCUGAUGGCGACGGAGACGAAGCCGACGGCGACCGAGGACGCGAAGAUGGACCUUUUUGAGGAUGACGACGAGUUCGAGGAGUUCGAAAUUGAUGAAGAAUGGGAUGACAAAGAGGAAGGCAAGGAAGCCCUUCAGCAGUGGGAAGAUGACUGGGAUGACGAUGACGUCAAUGAUGAUUUCUCUCUGCAGCUGAGGACGGAACUGGAAAGUAACAACACCGAGAAGAAGUGAUCAGUUGCCUCCAAAUCCUACGCAAAUUUUAGUCUUUAUGUUAUUUCAGUAUUGAAGGAAAUGGAACAUGUGUCAUUGUAGUUAAAACACCUCUUUUUGGAUGUACUUUUAGUUACUUGCAACUUCAAUUCUCUAUUUACUCUCUUGGAAGCUGUCCA